GCCUGCUUCUUCCUCUCCCACUCCCCUGCUGUGUUCCCUCUCUCGCUGGCUGUCUCUCUGUCACAUAAAUAAAUAAAAUCUUUAAAAAAAAAAAAAAAGAGACAAUCGACUGAGCUACCCAAGACCCACAUUUUUUGCUUCUUAAUGGCCAUUCUGUUUUGCCAUGUGAACACUUGGAGGAUAGAUCUAGGACACCUAAUGUGAGAGACGGGAACUCACGAAGGAGAAAAGGAAUUGCUGAAGUUGGUAUAGGAAUUCAAUAAAUGAUAAAAGAAAAUGCCUCUAACUUUAAGAAAGACUUGCAAUUUCAAAGGGCUCACUGAGUUCCAGGAUGAAAUUGAGAAAAAAGACACACAUCAAGUAACAUCCUGUAAAAUUCCUCAAUUCCCAGGAUUAAGAGAAUUUGUAUAAGCUUCCAGACAAAAAUAACAAAUAACUUAUAAAGAAGCCUCAGACUGUUCUUCGGGCUUUUCAUUUACAACACUGGAAGCUAGAAGACUAUGAAUAACAUCUAAUGACAACCGAAAGUAAAUGACCUUGGCCUAGGAAUUCUACAACCCCACCUGACAAGUCUCACCCAUCAGGAUGAAAGUAAUUUGUGGAUAUGAUGUCGCGAACAGAAUAUAUCACCCACACACUCCAUUUAAGGAAUUUAUUCCAAAGAAGAUCCUCUUUCCAAGCAACAAAUGAAGCAAAGCAAAAAUCUCAGGAUAGGGGAAGAUGAAGAACAAGGAAACAGUAAUGAAUGUUUCUAUAUUAAAUGCCCCCACAGCCAGUUCUAUUAGGACAUCCUCCAGGCCUCCCUUCAAAACCUAUCCAGAAUCUGACCACUUCUGCUUCACCAUGGGGUUCUUCAGCCGGGGCGCGGUAUAUUUGGCAAAAGACAGAGUCACAAGAGAAAAGCCAGUGUGUGAGCAUGUGCGUGGUGCAUACACAUGGGAGUUAUCAGAGAUACGGAUCCCAAGGCCCAGAGCCGGUGAGCAAUUUGCCCAAGGACACAAGGGUUUGAAGAGAGCUACUGUCAAACCAGGAGGGAGGUGGGCAAGAAGCAAGCCCCUGGGCUGUGCCCACCUGUGGUGUCUGCAUCUGUGGGGCCACCAGCCGUGGAUCUUGGCCCUCUCCCCACCCCAGCUUAUCCCCAAAGCACUCCAAACUCUGCUCCUCUCCGCAUACCUCUCAGUUUUUUUCUCAGAAAUAAUAAGUCUUUGGUCAUGGGAGAAAGAGUGGAUGCCAGAGGAGACUCCACUAUAUAGAAUGCUGCGGUUCCUGGUGCUCUGCUGCCAGCCCCCCAGGCCUCUUGACGCUGGUGAUAGGGUCUCCAUUUUACAGAUACAACAAUAUUUUACCCAUUUUCUGGAAGUGGCUGUGUUUCAACAUAAUCCAAAAGGAGUUGACUUACCCUUUAAUUUCCUGGACCUUCUGGUUGGAGUUGCUGUGUUCACUGCAGUCUUGCUCAUGUUGGCUGUUGGCUUCAUCUGGCUCUUGACUAGAACCCACAUUAAGAAAAUUCUCUGGGUCAGAACAUGGCACCACAGCCUGCCUAUAGCACCUGCUUUUGACGUGAUGGCCCUCUGCAGAUACCUUCCCUUCAACCCUUCCCAGCCUAAGUCUCAUGCCAAGGUUCCAGAUGGUGCUCAAGUUCUGGAAAUCAGAAGUCUGAAAUCCAUUUCACCGGGUCAAAAUCAAGGUAUCAAGAGAGCUGCCAGGGGAACAUCCAUUUACUUGCCUUUUCCAGUUUUUAGAGCUGCAUUCUUUGGCCUCUGGCCCCUUACCCAUCUUCAAAGUUCCAAGGAUUAGGACCUGGAUAUCUUUAGGGGCCGGGAUUGAGCCAUCCCCCCACCCCCUCCAGUCCAUAACCACCACGGCUUCACCAGCGCAUGCCCUGGAGUUGGCGGCUCCUGAGGAAGACCUGACCAGGGAAGCUUUUGGAAGCACAGAGAACGAGACCUCAAGCAAGUGGGAGAAGGGACAGAGGGACAAAAUCUCCCCGCUGAGUGCAGGACCCAAUCUCACCACCCACGAGAUCAUGACUGGAGCUGAAACCAAGAGUCAGAUGCUUAACCUACUGAACCACCCAGGAACCCCUGCCUCAUUCAAUUCUAUCUUUCAUUUGCUAAAAACACCUGCUAAGGCUCUUGGGUGGGGGCAGGGAAUGGAACAGUCCCUACUUCCAGCUGGUGUUGGAGAUGGGCUCUAAAAUGACUAGCCAAGUUGUAGAAGAGAAAGCAGGUAAUUAUGGCUGGGGGUGUAGGGACAGCUUUAUAGAGGAAGAAACCCUUGAAAGAUGGAGCUUUGAGGGCAGACUGAGAUUCAGAGCUAUCAACUAGUGAGUACUGAUUUCCCACAAAGGAACUACGUCCUGGGGUCUCUGGCUAGCCUCUCGGACUCCUGUAGACCUAUAGGUCUCCUCAACUUGUUGAUUUCCUGGAGUCUGGGAAAACUCAAAGUACACUGGACUCUGCUCUCUGUAUACAAAUAUGCUCAAAUGAGCUUUGGUCUGGCUGGGAUUUAAAGUGGCCAGGCCAGGAAAGGGGAAAUGGAGGUGAGAGUGACCUCUGACCCCUGAACAGACAGCAGAGUGUGCCCUUAUCCACAGGUUCUGCCACUUCAGCUCCCCCAAGCUGAAGUGCUGGUGCUGGUUCCCUGGAGGCAGGUGUCCUGCUUGGCCACCCCGGCCUGGUCAGUGGGAGAAGCCCAGCCUCUUCUGCUGGCCUAUCUUAUAAUAACAGGUACGGAGUGCCAGAAAAUGUGGCCUCCUCUUUACUGGGCCCAAGGAACCUGGCUUGCUCAGGGAAAUGCUGUCAGGUAACCCAGAGGUGACCAAGUGCACUGUUAGUUGAAGUAUGGCCCAGGCCUGAGAAUGGCCCAGAGUUCCUUGGAGGUAUUUGUUACAGGCAUGUCCCGGAAUCUACUUCCAGGUGCCCUGUACCCCAUCUCUGGAAUGGUCCUGGGAUCUACUGUGUCAGUUUCUCUGGGUGAUUCAGAUAGAAAACCUCUGAGCCCACCCUCCUUUUGCAUCCAGUGAGUGGACCGGAGUCCGAUAGGUGAAGGGAUUGGUGUAGACACUCUGGCUGAGCUAGGAAGAGACCCCCAGGACCACUCCUAGUCCAGUGCUUGUCGCCACACUCAACACUGUUGGUUUUACCUGCACAGCCUCUCGCUGUGAAGACCUGGAGUCCAGGUCCUCGACAUUUGGCCUGGUAGCCAGAUCAGUGGGCUGACAGUUGCUGUAAGAGCAGAGAACCCAGGAGUUGGAAACUGAAGCCUGAAACUGGCUCCUGAAAGCUGUUUUACAGUUUUUGUAGCCUGUAGUUUUCUUAUGAACAAUCCCCUCUGCCCAGUCCUCCCACAUGUCCAGCUCCCAGCCCUCAGUCCUGGCCCCAGCCCUACUUGAACGCACAUCUUCAUAAACACCCACACUGUGCUGCGGUCCCCCUUCUGCUGCCUUCUGCCCCCUGCAUCAAAAAGAGAACAAAGAUGGGAGCACCUGGGUGGCUCAGUUGGUUAAGCAUCUGACUCUUGAUUUUUUGGCUCAGGUCAUGAUCUCAGGGUUGUGAGAUGAAGCCCUGCAUCGGCCCCAGCGCUCAGUGAGAAGUCUGCAUGUCCCUCUCCCUCCCCUGCUGCCCCUUCCCCGCCUCAAAUAAAUAAAACCUUUUAAAAAGUGAACAAAGAUGAAUGAAGAACAUAUUGGCACAGGGAAAGCCCUGAAACUGGCAUCAUAAGACUUGAGUUGCAGCUCUGUGUGAACUUAAGUCCCUGACCUUCUCUCCGUCCUGUACAAGACAGCAUUUAGUAUGUUUGUCCCUCUGGCUUCCUCUUCUAGCUUGGUUACUCCACCCCCAGCCCGGAAAAGACAGGAGAGACAAACCAACCCCUCCCACUUCACCGUGGGGACCCUGGUUUUGCUCACAGUUGUAUUCCCAGUAGCUUGCACCGUGGUGCCACGUAGAAGGUGACCAGUAAAUAUUUAUUGUAUUAUGAACAAAUGUGGACUUAGAGGCACAGAGCCGCUAGUAAUUAGGGAAGCACUUGAGCUUCCAGCUGCGCUCCCUACCAGCGAGUUCAGUAAACUUCCGUGAAUAGCUUUGCGCUUGAUGGUCUGCUGGGAACCAAUAAAACCCUAGAACAUGGAGUUGGCCGUUUCAUCUGUCAAAUGAUGGGCCUGAUAAGAUGGGCCCUUCUUUCUCUGCCUUUUCUCUCAAACUUUGUCCCUUCCCCUCCCAUCAGUUAGCCUCAGGCUUAUGCCCCAGGGUGGGUGUCUGCUCUUCUGAGCCCCUGCCCCUCAGGGAAACCCAGCCCACUCUUCCUCCCUUGUUCGUAGAUUGAGGUAUGUGCGCAGCCUAAGUACCUUUCAGGCUGGGAAAAAGGAAAGAAGCCAGACAUUUUUGGAUCUAGCUCCUUCUCUUGAUACACAUGACCUCUUCAAUCUUCCAGGACCAGGGGGUCCGCAGUACUUGCUGAACACCAGACCCUGCCCUAAGCAGUCUGGAGGAAUCAGAUCGGACACACGGUUCCUGCUAGAAGCCAACCGUGUGUCUGGGGGAGGAGCCCACACAUGGAAGAUGGAGGGACGACACGUGGUGUCACGGGUCAGCACAUGGUUCACUCCUCAGUGAGGAGAAUAAAGAACUUAGCGUCAGAGGUGGAGCUUUGGCGCCUGAGUUCUGACCCCGUGCUAAGGAGCAGUAGGACCUUGGGCAAGUUAUCUUAUAGAUAUGAGCCAUAGUGCUGUUCUCUAUCAAGGGUGUAAAACAGGGACCCUCAUGAAACGCACAGUCCCCUUUAGACCCACAUCACAGUAAUAGCUGCUGCAGACAACAUGCAUGGGGGGGGGUGUAAACUCCAUGGUCGGAAAUCAGAGGAGAAAAAUGACAUUUGCAUAGUCUCGAAGUGUCUCCCCCAAGGCACUCACGAAUUGCGAAGAAGAGAGAAAGAGGAACUUUUACUGUGGAGAAACCUGGUCGACAUCACCUUCAUCAAGGGCUCAAGGUUAACGUGACCUGGAAGUUAAGCAAUCAGCAUCACGAACCCCCUGGAAUGGUGCUCUGAGAAGGACACAGCAUCGCUUCAGGGGUAUCCUUGCCACAAGCACAUAACCUCAACCAUGCAUGAGACAAACAUCAGACUAACCCAGAUUAAGAGACUUUCUACAGAAUAAUCA